GCCGCACAUCCUUAGAGGCGCCGCGGGCUCCGGGAUAUUCGCGCGGACGCGGAGCCCGCGAGCUGGGGAUACCCUCCACAGGCGGGCGUUAAACCGCGCGGGCAGCGCUGCGAGAGCUCCCAAAGAUGACUCGAGUGGUGAGCCCCGAGGCGGCGCGUUUCCCCGCCGCGCCAGACAGGGAGAGAGGGCCUAGAUGUGCCGGCGCCGGUUGGUCAGAGGCGGUGGCCUCUGACCUUUCCGCGAGCUGAGAAGGCGGCGGGAGGAAAAAAGGCAGACACACGCUGGGCGCCCGGCCGCUGACGGCGGGUAAUGCUCGGACAACGUACCGGCGACGGGGAGCGCCCGGGCCUCCCGGGCGACGGCGAAGGCGGAGUCCCGGCCCGGCCAGGGAGGCGCGCGGAGAGUCCCCCCCAGCGGCCCGCCAAGGUAAACAAGGCCGUGACGUGCGCCGCGCACUUACCGGGAGCUGCGGCCUCGCGGCCGCUGAGCCCGAACAAGCCAGAGCGGGUCAGGCCGGGCCAGAGGGACCGGAUUGGGGCGAAGCGGCAGCGGAGGCGGCGGGCCGACGCCGGUCAAGCCCGCGCUGCUUCCUCCAGAAGAGUCGUCCCCACAGCUCCGGAAGUGCUUGGCGCCGUUGCGUCACUUCCGGAUCGGGGUCGACCCACGGUCGCUCGGGUCGCGACAGGCUCCCGGCUAGAGGGCCUGUUUAGCGCCGCCUCCUUGAAACUUAGCGCUCUGACCCGGAGUCUGACCAGGGUACAGCAGGCGCCGACCGCGUCUGGAGCCACUAUUCGCCUACCAGCGUCUCCCGUCGAGAUGUUUUUAACCAGCGCGUUUCUCACCGGCUUCUUAUUUCACUGUUUGUACUCCGGGAUCGGGCACGGAGAAGACAUCCUGGCGUCAGUGGAGCAGAUAACCAUUGUUUCUCAGCCGCUAUCUGGUCAGAGGGGAGCUGGGCCAGGAAUUUCUGCCUACACCCCGAGGCGGUCGCAGGGUGGCCCCAGAGCCGCAACCACACCAGGCUUUCGCUUCCCCUGCCGAGGCCUCGUUCGCCGCGCAGUUCUCCGACUUACGGUCACCGUGCAAGAUUGCAUCUUAACUGCCUUGCUUGCAGUUUCUUUUCACAGUAUAGGAGUUGUCAUCAUGACUUCCAGUUACCUUCUGGGACCGGUUGUCAAAUGGUGUGGCUAGAGACGGAGGCUCACUCAGAUUGUUGCUGCACCACAAUGGAAAUGCCAGUAUGAAGCCGCUGAUGUUAGGAAGGCUCCAGGGUGUGCAAUUCCAUUGACAACAAAUCAAAUCAUUUCCAACCAUACUGGAGUCGCGUAUAUACAUAUUCAAGACACCUGUGCAGGCCGGGCGCGGUGGCUCAAGCCUGUAAUCCCAGCACUUUGGGAGGCCGAGGCGAGUGGAUCACGAGGUCAGGAGAUCGAGACCAUCCUGGCUAACACGGUGAAACCCCGUCUGUACUAAAAGUACAAAAAAAUUAGCCGGACGUGGUGGCGGGCGCCUGUAGUCCCAGCUACUCGGGAGGCUGAGGCGGGAGAAUGGCGUGAACCCGGGAGGCGGAGCUUGCAGUGAGCCGAGAUGGCGCCACUGCACUCCAGCCUGGGCGACAGAGCGAGACUCCGUCUCAAAAUAAAAUAAAAUAAAAUAAAAAAUAAAACAAAUAAAGACACCUGUGCUGGCUGGUC